UUGCAAGAAUGGGGAUUUUUCUACCUCGUAAUGCUUUCAGGAACUACCCACUUCACUCCGAUUCUAUGAAUAGAGAGAAGAUUGGGAGCAGGAGUAUGGGUUAACGGGCUGGAAAAGGAGAAUGGAAUAAACGUACAGCUCCAUCUCUCAGAAAUAAUUUCAUCUUGAAUGUGACUUCACUUCCUGAAAAAAGUCCAGCCUACAGAUGUAGCAUGUAGUUAUCAGGUGCCUUUUUUCUUCUCUUAUCAGUGUUGUAAAGUUUUACGGCACUGAGGUCUUGGGGGUGUAAGGUUCACCAUACAAUAGCUGCUGCUGCAUGGUCCUCUCUGUUCGCUGGAUACAUUAAAAUUAACAAUUGAAGAUGAGUCCAAAUGAAGAUCAGGACUGACAUUUGGGACUUAAUCAGGUCAGAGGGAUUUAUGGUGAAACUGCAUGUCCCACCACACAUUCAUCAUGUAUAAGUCAACAAAAGAUGACAUUUAUGCAUAUGCACUGUCCAAGACCCUGACAAAAGUUUCAUCACCUGCAACUGUAGGACUCUACUCUGCAUGUCAGAAUCGAAUUCACAUGAUCCUCAGACAAAUGGAAGUGAACAUGAAGCAGGAGGCUUCAAGGAUUGAGCAGGAAUACAAUGGAAAAUUCAAGCCUCGCUCAGUUAACCCUUCAUUUACUGGCUUUCUAGCGCUCAUUGGCCGAAUGCUCUUCUACAGGCCCAUUUGGACUAAGGAGAACCAGGAUCACCAUAACAUCAGGUUCAUUUAUGUGCAUUUUAGUGCCUGGCAUUUUGCCGGCAGUGACCUGCUCUGGGCCGGCCUAGCUAUACGGUUGUUUCAGGCCAUGCAGAUGAACUUUGGGAAAUUGCAGCUUGUACUCUACCGUGUUGCUCAACAUGAUGAAGAAGAGGAAGUCAGGAAGAAGAUUGUGGAGGACAGUACUAACCAUUGGAGGUCCAAAAAGGUUUGCUGCUGCCCUCUGUGGCUUCUCAUCCUGUCCAUUCUUGUGGUACCAAUUAUCGUCCUGGUAUUCUGGUUGUCUUUUGGCCUUCCUGAAAUAGAACCUGAUCAGGGGGUGAAUGGAACAACAGGCCAGGUGGGUGUGCUGGAGGGUCUGGUCAUUGCUGCAUUAGGAGUACCAGCAGCAAGCGCAUUGAGGUUCGCCUUUCUGAUGGGUAAGAACCUGAUCUUCAACCAGGAUCUGAACAUCAAGAGGGGCAUGGACAAUGAGCGGGUCAGCAGCAAACUGGGCUUCAUGAACGAAGUGAGGAAGGAAAUGUGGUUUCUGUCCCGCUUCAUUCAGUUUAUGGAAGUCUUUGAGAGUAGAAGGAUCCGAGUGGUACUGAAGAUCACCAAUCUGGAUCGGUGCUCCCCCAAGAAAAUUGUUGCAGUUCUGGAUGCCAUUAAUAUUCUGCUUUCAGACGAGGAAAGUCCAUAUAUUUCCAUUCUGGCCGUCAACCCGGAGGUUCUUGUACAGAAAGUGAAUUUUGCAGAUGGCUGCUUCAGCAAGGAGGACAGAGCAUAUGCACUAUUGAACUCCAUUGUGACUCUGGCCUUCACAGUCCCACCACUGUGUGAAGACUCAAAGCGCAGUUUAUUUUACAGCCUCGCUAUCAAUUCAAAAAUCCCUGAGGACGUAAGCAUGAGGAAAGAUAAACUGAGAAGAAGGGGCCUCAAAAACAAAUCUUCCCCAGAUAUAUCUUCAGUGGAGACUGGAUUGGAAAUGAAAGAAUCAAAUCCACUGAUCGAUAAAACUCCAGCAGCACUGGAUGUAAAGGAGGAGGAGGUAGAGACAUUGAUCAGGAGCAUCCUGGCCAGCAAUGACAGCAAUCUAAACAAGUACAUGUUAGAUGAUGCUAUGUCUAUGAGAAGAGUGAUCAACUCCAUUCGAGUGACUGUGAUAAUCAUGAAGUCCUUGAAAAGAGAGCUUCCUCAACCAGAAUAUAUUGCAGCAUGGGUGGUCUUAGCCAAUCAGUGGCCCUGCCGCCUAAGCUGGAUCAUCCAGUGUGUGGAAGAUGCUCAGCAAAGAGCAAAUAUUGAUCAGUCGAGUGUGUCCAACAUUGAUGAUUUAAAGACCAUAUGGAAAGUCUUCAGUGAGUCCAGGGCAGAGCUGUAUGUGAUGAGCGCUCAGAUUGAGGACCUCCUCGAGCAGGAUGGAGAUCCUGAGAUGUUUGAAACAUUUCUCACAGUAGAUUUUAAAUUCACCAUAAAGGACUUGAAGACAUUUGAAGUUGCAACGGUGAACCUAGAUCAUACGAUAAGGAAGGAGCUGGCUCAGAUCAGAGGGACGUCCAGGCUGAAAGAUUCUGGUUGGAUGAGGAACCUAGCUCCUCUGCCAAUCACGACUAUCAUCAAAAUGAAUACAGAGGAUGUAUGUAAAGAGCUGGAAAGGAUGGAAUAUCCAAGUAAGUAUGCAGAUAUUGUGAGAAGCAACAAGCUCAGUGGUUCGGCACUGGUCUUUGGCGACGCAGACGACCUGAAAAGCCUCCUCGAUAUGACCUUGGGUGAAUGGGCAACUUUCCGACUGCACUUCCUGGGUUUACCAUCACAUCUUCGCCCACAAUACAAGAACACGUUACCGACACCUCCUCAGUCUCAGAACCAGCUGCCGAGACAUGUUGCCCAUCAUUACUCAUCCAGUCUGGUUAACAGCUACAUGUAGGAAUUCAGCCCAUUUCUCUCUGACACCCCUAAAUUGAAUAUGUACAGCCAGCAUGUAGCUUAGCAUAAUGACGGGAAGCAGAGCAAAAUAGCUAGCCUGGCUCUGUCCAAAGUUUAAAUUUACACCUACCAGCACAUACAUACUAUGUUUUUGUAUGUAUUAAACAAGCAAGAUGGCAUGAGAUCAAGUUUGGACUGAGCAAGGCUAGCAGUUUGUCCCGCUCCCUGUCUUUAUACUAAGCUAAGCCUAACCACCUAACUCACCCAAGAACAUGAGUAAAUAAUGCAAAACAAUGCAAUAUUCUUUUAGGUCACUAUUAGUUUAUUUGGUUGUUUAAGUUGGUUCACACUUUAUUCAAACUUGAAUCACUAUAGUUUGUCUUCAAAAUUAGCUAUAAACCAGUUGUGGGGAUAAGAUUCCUGCUCAACACUGUUGUUUAGCUUGUCUGAACUAACUUUCCUGUUAGUAUGAACAUGUCUGACCAUUCUCCUCUGACCUCUGUCUGAUUAAGUGGUAGUGAUACAGUAGUUCAGACAGUUGCAGUAUCUGCACCGCUGUCACUGGUGAUGAUAAUGAGCUCAUACUAUAGAUACACAACCUCUGUGCUUCUCAGUCUGUCAAUGUCUCACUGUCACUGCUGCUCAAAUGUCUACCUGGAUUCCCUUUUGCUCCCUCCACCGCUCAAACGUGCCUCUUCUCGACAAUCCCCUUGAGGCAUUUCAAUUGAUCACUCCCUGCGUUCUCAUCUGGGGGGUGAUGAGACAUUAAGCCUUUAUACCAAAUUGAAUUGCUUUCUGUCUGGUAUCAAACAUUUAUUUGUAAUGAGUUGCCUGACUGGACUGAAUGAUUUUGGUUUAUCGCAUUUUGCCCAUGAUUCCAAUUUACCCAACAAACAUUCAGUUAUUCUUUUUAAGGCAUUGUGGUUCAGUCAUCUAUAUUUGUGAAUACACAAACAAAAAUUAGGACAUGGUGAUCUUAAUCUAACUGGAUUAAGGUUAAUUUCAACACAUUUUAACAAAUGUAUGAGUAACAUUCAUGAACUGGGGGGUUUAUUUAAGUGUGAAAUAUUUACAAUCAUUUCAUUUAGCUAGAGGAGCUUGUGAUAGACUCAUUAGUAAAAAUACUGCUUAGAAAAAUGGUUAAUCCCCUGUAACUACAAUCACCUAUGUCAAAUAACUGUCAUGUACAUGUUUGUUUACUGAAGUGAGAGAAGGGGUCUUUUUCAUGGAUCACAUUUUCCUAUAAUAGACAUUUUUCACAGCAGAUAUUUCAGUACGUCACAGUAGGAAACGCAGAUUCACUGCUUAAGUUUCAGGGUGCAUGCUGGCUCACUGUGACACUUGGCAGGUAACAGAGCUAUUGCUAAUGAUCCUAAUAACACCUGUGCCUUUCCUCCUAUGACACUCUAAAAUAAUGUGAAAAAGGUCUCUUAUGAGACUGCACUGUUAGAUUUUCCUGUGUCAAUGUGUUACAGAAGGUGACAAACAGAGAAGGAUCAGGAAGAUAAAAAGCUGUAAAAUAUGUUACCUCAAGAGAAGACACAGAGCAACUACUGUUUUCCCACUGCUUUUAAAAUCAUUUUCAAUACAAUUAAAAACAUAUAAUUACAUAUUAGAUGACUUCCUGUAGAGUAAUAAGAAUCUAAAGGGGUUCUAUUUUCAGUCUCUUCACUUUUACCGCUCCAUCGCACAAAACUGUCACAAGCAUUUGAAGAUAUUUAAGGGAAAAUUGAGGGGUUAUCCAUCAGCAACUGAGGCUAUUGUUGUAAGCUGUAAAGGGUUAACAGGAGCAGGAGGCUGCCUCAUGCACAAAACCUCAACUAGGUUUUACACAUUCAUUUUGUUGUUGUUGUUUUUUUAAGUACAGUAACUUUUAUAGUAAGUUUCCUCUGGACUCAGUGAAAAUGCCUAUGCUAGACAUCAUGAAUGAAUGCUAUAAGUUUCAAAAAGCUGAACUCUAAUAAAGUUGAAGUCAGAGAACAUUAACUGAAUAUUUAGGCGGAAAUCCUUUUGAUGUGUUUAGGCAUACUUUAUUGAUCGUUGAGCAGAAAAUCAAAUACAGUAUAUGUGCUGUGGUAAACUGUAAUUAUUAAUUUCUUGCAAAUCAAAUGUAAACUCUGGCAAAUAAAAUGCAUAUGUAAAAGUGUUCCAUAAUAAAAAAUGCUCAU